CAAAUCUAGGAUUCAGAAAAUGAGACUCUGAGCCAACAUGUUUCUUUUCCCACCCAACCGGUAACCGACCGGGACAAGACAGUUGCUUGUACUGCAGGAAUCCUUCUUCCUAAUCUGGGUGGUGUCAAGCGACCUUGUCACCCAUAUUAGUCCGUAAUUCUUAAUCGGUACAUGGGCUGUCAUGUCCUUUUUCCUCUUCCAGGAGCUUCAAUCACACACACACUUCUUGCUAGCUUUACCUACCCCAUGCGCAGCCACCACCGAAAACCCAUGUCUCUAGUGAGAACAAGAGGUCGAGGUUCCACUUGCCUUGCUACAUACUGCCCAUGUCUCUUCUUCUCGCUCUUUUGUACUGUGUGUGUAGUGAGGUCCAAGGUAGAGCCAGACAGAAAAGAUGGUCCCAUCACAGAGGUGUAUAAGACACCCCGGUUGUCUGCCUUGUCAUCCACACCCGUUGUUCUGUGCUUCCACAGCCUGCCUCACAUCUCAGGAUCACCAUUCCUUAGUAUACCAACUACUUGGUCCAACUCCCAAUACAAGAUCCGUGCCAACCGGCUACCAUCCGCCCAUCCCUAUAUCUGGCUCGCACCCCAUCCUUUCAUAAGGCGAAGCCCCCCUUGAUUGCGUCUAUACAUCCAAUCGGGCCCCCGGCGCAUCUUACUCGGCACCUCCCCCCCUAGUUCUCGCUCUCCAACAACAACAAGGUCCAUUGUGU